AUAGGUUAAGUAGACACAGUGUUUGUGUCGAAGCUUCACGAGUUAGCGCGUCGAUUGCAACAACAAACCACAAACAUGUCUGCUGCGUUGAGAAAGGAGUACCGAAAGGCGCAGAAGGUUAUGCAUCCAAAUAGCAGGAAAUCUAUUGCUAUUGCAAAAAGGGCAAAAAAAAUAUUAAACAGACAAAAGGCAAAGACGUAUGGUUUCAUUAAACAGACUUUAGUAGCAGAAAGAAUGAUGUGGAUUCGUGAACACAUGGUUCCAGAUGUGUGUCCUUACACUCCAGAGUUAACUGCACGUUUGUUAGAAGUGUACAUAGCGAGGAACGACAAAGAGAUGGAACAGAUUAAUAUCAAGAGAUCUGUCGGUGGCAAAAGAAUCAGACAACAUGCCAGCAGGGAAGAUGUGAUAAGGAUGACCAAGGAGAGAGACCUUGAAGAGUACAAUACAUGUGGACUAGAAAUUCCUGAUAUUCUAGAUGCACAUCAUUGCAUGGUGCUAAAGAAUUGGGAUGGGGAAUUAAACUACCUUCCUUACUUUAAAUUCAGAAGGUUUGGUAAGAAACAUUUAAACCAGGCACUACAGAAAAUGAACAAAGAGUCCAAGGAGCACGUAAACAAGGACGAGCAACCAGAAGUUUCUGAAAAAUCAGAAAGCCCCUCCGAAGAAGUUAGGCCUGAAAACGAUUCAAUAAGUGAAUCAAUUGAUUCAACUGAAGACAAUGUGCCUGCACAAUCUUCCAUGGACUCAGAAUAA